AAUCACUCCUCUCUCUAGAAUUUCAAUCUUUUUUUUGCCCCCCACACUCUCUCUCUCUAUAUCCCUAACCUCAUAUUCUGCAAUUAUUCUGGGACUUGUCUUUCUCUCUCUAACUAUCUUCCCGUAUUUUGUCACGGAUCCUCUCCAAUUCUCUCUCCUCUAUGGUCGACCUCGAACCAGAACCCCGGACCUUGCUCUCUUUCUCUCUCUAACCAUAUCCCCUGCAACUUCCCUUGAUUUCUCUCUCUAAUUCUCUCUCUACGCCAUGAUCAACUUGAGGCCAGAGCCUCGCACGUCGAGCUCGGCAACUGCAGAGAAAGCCCUCUCCUUCAUCUCGAAGGGCUGGAGAGAGGUAAGAGAAAAUGCAGAUGCUGACCUGCAACUCAUGAGAGCUAGGGCAAACUCCUUCAAAGACCUUGCCACCUCUUUCGACCGAGAGCUCGAGAAUUUGCUCUCUUUUAAAGGUGGUUUUGAGACUAACUCUCUGCACGAGCUAGGGUUUGUGAAGAAGCUUCAACCAAAGCUGUCGGAGUUUAGGAGAGCUUACUCAACACCUAAUUUUGGAAGAGCAGUUCUUGGGAAUUGGAGCCCUAGCUCCAAAUUGGACCUUUUAAACCUCGUUUCUGAGCAAGAGAGAAAAAUUGUGAGGAGAAGGGUUAGGACAAAAAAACCAAAUUUCCAGUGGAAAGAGGAGGGGGACGGGCAAAAGGAAUGGGAGCCAUUUAAGGUUUUGAGAACAGGGUUGAAGGAAUUGGAGCGCAGGGCUUCUUCAGGGGUUCCUCCUCCUGAUAUUUUCACCAACUUUAAGAAUAGCGAGUUUGUCGAGAAAUUGAAGAAUAGUCUGAAAUCAGUUGACAAGGACUCUGACGAGUGGAAGGAUGUGGCACCAUUGGAUGUACCUGAGCUUCUGGCAUAUUUAGUCAAGCAAUCUGGGCCAUUGUUGGAUCAACUUGGUGUGAGACGAGAUAUGUGCGACAAGAUUGUGGACGCACUAUGCAGCAACAAACGGAAAGAUCAUCUUGAACUUAGCUCAGUUGCAAAUGGGGAGGAUAAUGUGAAUACCAAUGAUGAACUUGAUCUUAGGAUAGCCAGUGUUCUCAAAAGCACAGGUUAUAAAUACCAAGGCGGACUUUGGACUGAUUCAACAAAUAAAGACUUUGAGGGUCAAAACCGAAAUGUUGCCAUCAUAACUACUGCAAGUCUUCCUUGGAUGACUGGAACUGCAAUAAACCCACUCUUUAGGGCUGCGUAUUUAUCGAAAUCUGCUAAACAAAAUGUGACCCUACUGGUUCCAUGGCUUUGCAAAUCAGAUCAAGAGCUCGUUUAUCCCAAUAACCUGACUUUUGAUUCACCAGAGGAGCAGGAAGCUUACAUAAGGAACUGGUUGGAGGCAAGGGUUGGCUUCAAGACAGAUUUCAAGAUUGCUUUUUAUCCAGGAAAGUUCCAGAAAGAAAGGAGAAGCAUAAUUGCGGCGGGGGAUACUACACAGUUUAUUCCUUCUAAGGAAGCUGACAUUGCCAUUCUAGAGGAACCAGAGCACUUAAACUGGUACCACCAUGGAAAGCGUUGGACUGAUAAAUUCAAUCAUGUAGUUGGUGUUGUCCACACUAAUUACUUAGAAUAUAUAAAGAGGGAGAGGAACGGGGCUCUUCAGGCUUUCUUUGUGAAGCACAUAAAUAAUUGGGUCAUCAGGGCUUAUUGCCAUAAGGUUCUACGUCUCUCUUCAGCAACACAGGAUCUCCCCAAAUCUGUUGUAUGUAAUGUACAUGGUGUGAACCCUAAGUUUCUAAAAGUUGGGGAGAAAGUAGCAGCAGAGAGGGAGCAGGGGCAGCAGGCCUUCUCUAAAGGAGCUUACUUUUUGGGCAAGAUGGUUUGGGCAAAGGGGUACAGAGAGUUGAUCGAUCUUUUAUCGAAGCACAAGCAUGACUUGGGUGGUUUUAAGUUGGAUGUAUAUGGGAAUGGAGAGGACUCUCUUGAAGUUCAAUCCACUGCCCAAAAGUUGGAUUUGAAUCUCAACUUCCUUAAAGGGAGGGACCAUGCAGAUGAUUCACUUCAUGGGUACAAGGUCUUUAUCAACCCCAGUGCUAGUGAUGUCUUAUGCACCGCAACAGCUGAGGCCCUUGCAAUGGGGAAAUUCGUGAUUUGUGCUGACCACCCAUCAAAUGAAUUCUUCAGAUCAUUCCCCAACUGCCUGACUUACAAGACAUCAGAAGACUUUGUUUCUCGUGUGAGAGAAGCAAUGGAAAGUGAGCCCCAACCUCUCACUCCUGAACAAAGAUAUAAUCUGUCUUGGGAGGCAGCCACUCAAAGAUUCAUAGAAUACGCUGAGCUUGACAAAGUCUUGAAUAAUAGUGAAGAAGCCCAACCUUCAGGCAAAGGAUUUGUGAAAAUGAAAAAGUCAGUCUCGUUGCCAGGCUUGAAUGAAAUUGUUGAUGGGGGUUUGGCUUUUGGCCAUUAUUGCCUCACUGGGACUGAGAUAUUGAGGCUAUCAACAGGUGCUAUACCUGGCACAAAGGACUAUGAUUUUCAACACUGUCAGGACUUGCAUCUCUUCCCCCCUCAGGUGGAGAAUCCUGUGUAUGGGUGGUAAGAAUAUGGAUGGUUUAUUUGAAUAGGGUUUUGUUGUUAGUGUAUAUAAUAUGUCAAUGGUAAAUCUUUUUUCCUCAAAUUCAUUUUUGAGAAAUCUCUCCCUUCCUAUCUAAACAUUUGACUGUUUUCCAUAAAUCUUGAUUUAUGAAUGCAGCUGAGUUCCAUCCAGAAUGGGUGGAUGCUAACCGUAAGCAUUACUAGUUGAGUCUUGGUUUUCUUUUCCCUGUAAAUUUAAGUGCCCCAGCUCGUCUCUGGACGAGCCUCCUUGUAAUUAUAUUAUUUCGUCCGUAUAAUAUAUUUUUCUUUAAGUGUGAAAACUUUAAUUCGUCAC